AUGAAUCAGAAGCUUUUGCUAAUUCUCUUCUUAUUCCAGCUUAUCUUAGCUGAAGAUAAGCCUGAUGCCAAAAGAAAUUUUACAGAAGUUUGCACUGCUCAUGGUUACUUGGUCGAAGUCCACACUGUAACUACAGCCGAUAAUUAUAUUCUUACCCUUUUCCGUGUUCCGAGGAAAGCAAACCAGCCUGCAAAUCCUAACCAAAGAGUCGCAUUCUUACAGCACGGCCUCCUGGAUUGUGCUGAUACUUGGAUUAUGGAUCUUCCAAAUUCUCCAGGUUUCCAAAUGGUUGAUGCUGGAUAUGAUGUUUGGUUCGGAAACUCAAGAGGUAACUACCACAGCCUCGGCCACACAACAUUAGAUCCUUGGAAGAACCUGACUUAUUGGAACUUCACUUGGCAACAUAUGGCUGAUUAUGAUAUCCCAGCAGUGAUACCAUAUGUCCUUCAGACCACAGGGCAACAAAAGCUUACUUAUAUUGGCCACUCUCAAGGAACUAUUCAAAUGUUCGCUCACCUUGCAGCCAACCCAUCAUUUAUCCAAAACAUUAACCUCUUUAUUGCAUUAGCACCAAUUGGAACUGUCAGAUACCUGAAAAUCGAUUAUUUCAGACUUCUAAAAAGAAUUCCGUUAUUUGAAAUUAUGCAAAAGCAUGGAGCUGGAGCGUUCUUGCCAUAUGAUAAAGCUCCUGGCUUGAACUAUGAUUUCUGCGAAUUGUUUGCAGGUGCAUGUGAUGAUGUAAUAAUGUUGCUGACUGAUUUGACAACUGGUAAUGAUAAUACCGAGAUGUUUCCAACUAUUUUGGCUCAUGAAGCAGGUGGUACAAGUGUCUAUAAUAUGAUGCAUUGGCAGCAGAUGACCAACUAUUUGGUUUAUAAAGUCCAGAAAUAUGACUAUGGUCAAGCAGAAAAUCUUGUUGUAUAUGGGCAAAAAGAAGCUCCAGUAUAUAAUUUUGCUAACUCCCCCCUCCAUUAGUGAACCAAACCAUUGAAAGAAUCCCUAUUUUUUUUUUUACCAAAAGCCCACCCUCUGUAAGUAAACAAAAUUUUAUUCUUAUAAAAAUUUUUUAUGAAAAAAAAUUUGAUAUAUAAGUGGCAAUUAUUAUAAUAAAAUCUCUAGCUAAUUCUGUUUAAUUUUAAACAGCUUGCAUUUUAAAACAUAAAUUUUACAAUUAAAUUAAUUUUUACUUCUUAAUUUUUAUAAAUUGAAAUUUUUUUAAUUUUUGAAAAAAAAUAACUCAUCCGUGAGCGAACAAAAGUUUUUUGUUCUUUCACUUAGGGGGGGAGUAAGAUUCCUGGCCCAAUAGCUUUAUUCUUUGGAACUGACGACAGACUUGCUGAUCCUACUGAUGGGGCAUGGCUUAGAGGAAUUCUUCCUGCUAAAUCUAUUGUCUAUCAAGAAGAAACAUUGGACUUUGGGCACCUUACCUUUGUGUGGGGUAAGAAUAUGAGCUAUUGGGAUACUGUCAUUGGACUAGCAAACCAAUAUAGCUCAUCAAGUGAGAAUCUAUUUCUCCAGGCUGAUUAG